AUGGGGAGGAGCCCUUGUUGUUCUAAGGAAGGCCUAAAUAGAGGAGCUUGGACUGCUCAUGAAGACAAAGUUCUUACAGAGUAUAUUAAAGCAAAUGGUGAAGGCAGAUGGAGAAAUCUCCCCAAGAGAGCAGGUUUAAAGAGAUGUGGGAAAAGUUGUAGGCUUCGGUGGUUGAACUAUUUGAGACCUGAUAUUAAAAGAGGCAACAUAUCAGCAGAUGAGGAAGAGCUUAUCAUCAGACUUCACAAGCUCUUGGGAAACAGAUGGUCUUUGAUAGCUGGGAGGCUUCCAGGGCGAACAGACAAUGAAAUAAAGAAUUACUGGAACACCAACUUAGGGAAAAAGGUUCAACAUCACCAUAACUCAGCAGCAGCUUUGAAACGUAAUAAAUCUAAUAGAAGAGUUAUGAAGAAAAGUGAGGCUGCCCAACUGGCCCCAACUGGUGGAACUUCGUCACAGUCACACGUGGUCCGAACGAGGGCAAUCAGGUGCUCCAAAGUUUUCAUAAAUCCUCAGUACCCACAAAAAAUAGGCCCUUUUGACAGUAACAGACAGGUUAAGCCUUCAAUAGACUGGGACUGUCCAACGAAUCAAACAUCGGCAUCUACACCAGCUAAUUAUGUGGUAUCAUCCAUAGCUGAAAAUGGAGAGAAUGAUUUUAAUUUGUCCGAUUUUAUGCUUGACUUCAACAUGGGGGAGUUUUGUCUAUCAGAUCUCCUGAAUUUCGGUUUUUCUGAUGUGGGUGAGCUUAACUACAGCAAUGCUUUGUCACCUUCACCGGACCAGCCUCUCAGUUUCUCAGAGGAAAUGCAACAGGACUGGACCUCCAGCCACUACGCUCAACAAAAUGUGGGUUCAAAUCUCCAUUCUUUGGCUCCCUUUCUUGACAACGGAGAGGCUACACAAUAAAAAUGCUACAACAUCUGACUAAAUAAUUAACUAUCUUAAUACUCUACAGCUACUACUUUUUUUUUUGGUGGUUUUAGCUCAACGAGGACUGUGAUCCUGACGAAUUUUGAAUCACAUUUCACGUGGGAUGUUUGUUUGUUUUCAGCUCAUCACCUUGUUAAAUUAAAUAAUAAAUCAUGGUGCAUAAAAUUAGCUGUGACUCAGCCAAACAAAAAUAAAGAGCUUUUCUCUUUUCUUCUUGUUAUCGCGCGAGCGUCACUCGUAUAUAUACCAUGAAUCAGUUUUACAGCCUUGGCCACAAGGAAAAAAAAAAUUGUUUUACGGCAAAUAUUCAGGGUGAAA